UUCAGGUCCAAGUGAACCAUGCAAGAGAAUGAAAACAUCCGGCUGUGCUAGUCCACCCUCUAUUACACUAAGCAUUCCUAGUACGUCGAAGAGUCAUGCAAACUGUGUUAUAUGCAAAAAACCUGGUCCAAAGCUCAUUGUUGUGACUCAGUAUGCCCGCGUCAGAGCCUUCAUACGGAAAGAAAUGUUUGUUCCUGCCGGUUCGAGGUGUUGCCCAAAACAUAUUGCAGACAAUGAGUUUACUGUCGAUGCUCUACAAAAGAUGCAGCAAACUAACCCUGACACAAAUAUCAACAGAACAGCGACUGUGGAAUUGCUUCAACAAACCAGAGACUUUGCUAUACGGAAUGAAAAUACUAGACUUAACUUUGACAACCCAAAUAGCAUGGAUAAUGAAGACUAUUAUAACCUUACUGGGUUGACGAAGGACCAGUUUGAAGAAUUACUCUCAUACCUGAAAGAUGUUGACAUCAGAGCAUCGAAGACCAGAAGUGCAAGGACUUGUAUUGCGAUUCUUUUGACAAAACUGCGUUGUGGAAUGAGUAAUCACUUACUCGGAACCCUCUUUGGCUUGCAGAAAUGGCAGGUAAGGCGUGCGGUACUGACAGCAAAACAUGCUCUAAUGUCAAACUUUGUUCCCCAUCAUUUGGGAUUUCCCCACAUUGCUAGGGAAGACGUUAAAGAAAACCACACCCGUCCAUUAGCUAAAGAACUACUCUGCAAUGUAGCUGAAAAUCCAGUAAUACUAGUACUUGAUGGGACGUAUAUUUACCUGCAGAAAAGUGGCAAUUUUACAUUCUCAAGAAGAUCAUACAGUACUCAUAAACAUAGGCCGUUGGUUAAACCCAUGAUAGUGGUCACAACAUCGGGGUACAUUGUUUCCGUACUUGGUCCAUACCUGGCUGACUCUAAGAAUUCGGAUGCAAAGAUUUUGAAGCAUAUGAUAGAAACGAACGUAGAAGAAAUUAAGGACUGGAUACAGGAAGACGACAUAUUCAUAGUCGAUAGAGGGUUUAGGGAUGCAGAAGCUCUACUGAGUGACAUUGGAAUCCACAUUGAAAUGCCUUCCUUCUUAACACGUGGAGCAAAACAACACUCAACAGAAGAGUCUAAUGCAACACGUCUAGUUACAAAACUGCGAUGGGUUGUGGAAAGUGUGAAUGGUAGGCUCAAGACCUGGAACUACUUAGAUAGGACAAUUCCUAAUAGUCAGAUUCCACACAUCGGAGACUAUGUUCGCAUCAUAAGCGCCAUAUGUAAUAAAUUCAGGCCUGAUGUUAGUGUAGCAGUUGAGAGCGACCUAUCCACUGCUGCAAAGAUGCGUUUUCUUUCAAAGGAAGCGAAUGUACUUAAAGAAUAUGUAGAAAGAAACGGUCUGGACAAACGGGAAAUAAGAUGGCAGAAGAUCGACGCCAGCGAUGCAAGUAUUGCAUUUCCUCAACUUUCAGAAGAAGAAAUACGAGAGUUAACGAUGGGGGUAUACCAGAUAAAGCUAGCUAAGUCUUAUGCCCAAGAACAUGUUGAUAAAGAUGGAAACUAUGAAAUUCUUGUCAACAAUGACCAUGAUGGUAUCCUAUGCGCCAAACUUCAAAGCAGACAUGUCUCGGCAAAGAAAUAUAUGUUGUGGAUUGGUUUUGAUGAGAUGAGCAUUAAGUCAUGGUUCUGUAAAUGCAAAGUAGGAUCUAGAGUUGUGGGUAUGUGCGCCCACAUCACAAGUGUUAUAUGGUUUUUGUCAUAUGCAAAAUACAAAGACAUUCAAAACCUUGGUGUACGCAAUUGGUGCAGCUACGUUGAUGACGCUGCAGCGUUGCCUGUGGAUAAUUCUGAUAGUGAAGAAGACAGUCUUGUCGGAAAUGAAGAGGAAUAAUAUGAACAAAAUGAUUGUGUUUUAUAUUUGGUUCCAUUUGAAUUGAGCGAGAGAGAGAGAGAGAGAGAGAGAGAGAGAGAGAGAGAGAGAGAGAGAGAGAGUACUAUAGUGUUUGAGAAGUUUUACGGAGAGAGUGUGAGGGGAAAAUAUAUAGCAACGUGCUUAGCAAAAAGUGUUUCCUUGACAAUAUGUUUAAAUAUAUUCGAUGAGAAAGAGGGAGAGAGUUAUUUUCAUGUUGGUACUCUUUUUAAUAGUAGGUAGU